AUGAACCCAACACUACGAAGAAUGGCAGGCGGCCACGGUCCUGCAGCAGGCCACGGCGGACACCCAAUCCACAUUCACCCAGUCCGACCGUUCUACAGAUUCGCAGCAGUUGGCCUUGGAGCAUCGAUGUGGUUCUUCUUAUUCUACCGAGCACGAACCGAUCUACCUGUACUCCUCGGCUGGAAGCACCCAUGGGACCAUUGA